UCAAUAUUAUUGCAAUAUAAUUCAGUCGCACUCGCAGUCGGUCACGCAAUCAUCGCAAUCAACAGUUUUCGAAAGGUAUUCGUUCUUAUAUGGAAUCGCUAUUUGACAAAAGACGUUUGAUGAAUUUUCUGUUUUUCGCGUAACUUCAACGGUGGCGAUGCUUUCGAUGUAAAUGAGCACAGUUUGAAACGCAGUGCACGCCGCAGUCGUUCGGAACGGCCCAGGCAAUGUUUUUGAAUGUAUCAGUGAAGGUGAACCAUCUAGUAGGUUACUUGCGAACCAGUUGCUUUCCGACUGGAGGUGGCCUCACCAAAUCGUACCAACGAGGAAGCAGCACCAAAACUUCCCAGGACAUAGAGUCGCCUUGUCGACGUGGUAGUUAUCAGAAAGACAGCAACAACAAGAACAACAAUAUAUACCAGCAUCCGAACUCGGUUGAUUAUUGUCAGCACCAUCAUCGACAGCGGCAGCAUCGUCAUCAUCGAAACGCAGAGACAGUCACGUUCACCGAUCAAUAUCGGCUGCCACUGCAAUCCGCAGGUCAACGAGGGCAACGCUCCAGUGAACAAGUUCGAAAUUUUUCCACCAGUGAAAUCAGCAUGGCAUCCGGCAGUGCAAGUGACAAACCCAAACAUACGAACCGUUUGAUUCACGAGAAGUCACCCUAUUUACUGCAGCAUGCUCACAAUCCGGUCGACUGGUAUCCGUGGGGCGAGGAAGCGAUCGCCCGGGCCAAAGCGGAAAACAAACUGAUUUUCCUUUCGGUGGGCUACAGUACCUGUCACUGGUGUCACGUGAUGGAGAAAGAAUCCUUCGAGAACGAGGAUGUGGCGGCGAUUAUGAACGAAAACUUUAUCAAUGUUAAAGUGGAUCGCGAGGAGCGUCCAGAUAUUGAUAAGUUGUACAUGACCUUCAUACUACUGAUUAACGGCUCUGGAGGGUGGCCUAUGUCGGUUUGGCUGACUCCCGAUUUGGCUCCGGUAACGGGAGGAACGUAUUUUCCGCCGAAGGAUCGCUGGGGAAUGCCUGGAUUUUCGACAAUACUGCUAAAGUUGAAGAUUAAAUGGGCAACGGAUAAAGAGGAUUUAGCCGCUACUGGUCACUCGAUCAUCGAGGCCAUACAGAGAAAUGUAGAGGAAAAACAUAAGGAAGAACCGGAGCGAGUUUACAGUGCUGAGGAAAAGUUCAAGCAAUCGCUCGCAAUUUACAAGCGCAAUUUUGAUCCCGUGUGGGGAGGAUCCCUAGGAGCUCCCAAGUUUCCGGAAGUGUCAAAAUUGAAUUUAAUUUUUCACCUGCAUUUGCGGGAUCCUUCCAGUCAAAUUCUUGGUGUGGUGCUAAACACACUUGAUAAGAUGGCUGCCGGAGGCAUUCAUGACCACGUUUUCGGGGGUUUUGCUAGAUAUUCUGUGGAUAAGAAAUGGCACGUACCGCACUUUGAGAAGAUGCUCUACGAUCAAGGUCAGCUGCUGAUGGCUUAUGCGAACGGUUAUAGGACAACGAAAAAACAGCUCUACCUGGAUGUGGCCGAUUCGAUUUUCAACUACAUCUGCAAGGAUUUAAAACAUCCAGCAGGUGGGUUUUACAGUGGCGAGGACGCUGACUCGCUUCCGACCUGGGAAAGCCAGGAUAAAAUUGAGGGAGCGUUUUAUGCUUGGACUUUUUCUGAAGUUCGCGAGCUGUUCAAGGCAAAUUUGGAUAAAUUUGGUGAGCUGGGAAAGGUGAACCCGGUCGAGGUUUACACGGAGCACUACGAAAUUCAAGAAACAGGAAACGUAGAACCAAGCAGCGAUCCUCACGGGCACCUUCUGGGUAAAAACAUUUUGAUUGUUUACGGGUCGAUUCGUGAAACAGCAGAUAAAUGUGAAACAACACCGGAGGUGGUCAGUAACAUUUUGAAAAUUGGUAAUCAAUUACUACAUGAGGAACGGGACAAACGUCCCCGACCUCAUCUCGAUACCAAGAUCAUAUGUGCCUGGAAUGGACUUAUUCUUUCCGGGUUAUCGCAGCUGGCUUGCAUCAAAGAUGCACCCAAUCGGGCGCACUAUCUUGAAGUUGCUGGCAAACUUGUGACUUUUAUGCGUAGCAAUUUAUUCGACGCAAAGGCGAGAAAACUACUACGUUCCUGCUAUGGCGAUGAAAGUGACGAAGCAAAGUCGUUAGAACAUCCUAUCUACGGAUUCAUUGACGACUAUGCUUUCCUGAUCAAAGGUCUGAUAGACUAUUAUCGUGCCUCGUUAGACAAAAGUGCUCUCUGGUGGGCUAAAGAGCUACAGGAGAUUCAGGAUGAACUAUUUUGGGAUCAAACCAAUGGUGCUUAUUUCUACUCGGAAGCGAAUUCCGCUAACGUUGCAGUUCGACUGAAAGAAGACCAUGAUGGAGCCGAACCAUGCGGCAACAGUGUGUCAGCCCAUAACCUCCUGAUAUUAGGCGAUUAUUUCGAGAGUGAACCUUUCCACGAUAAGGCUAAAAAAAUGUUCAACUAUUUUUCGAACGUAACUCCCUUUGGUUAUGUUUUGCCGGAAAUGAUGUCCGCCCUGCUGCUGGAUAAGCAUGGUCGUGAUAUGCUUGUAGUUGUUGGUCCGGAUGGACAAAAGGCAAAUUCCCUGGUGGACGCAGUGCGGGAAUUCUACAUGCCAGGACUGAUAAUCGUGCGCUUGAACCCAGUCACACCGGAUCAACAUCUAGCCGGUAAAACGGUGAAGAGUUUUAAAAUGCUGCAAGAUGCCCCUACCGCAUAUCUCUGCCACAACAAGGUCUGCCAGAUGCCGGUCACAGAACCGGACCGACUGACGGAGGAUCUUCUGGCGAAGUAUUUAUUCGACUAUACCGAAUAUGAGAACUGAUUUUUCGAGGCCUAAGGUUCUUCGUGCGCUUACUAAAGUACUAAUUGUUUUGUUACUAGCUAUGCAAUUCGAAAGAGGAACUGGCGGCCGUGUAUCGACGAGUAGAGCAGGAGUUGUUACGAAAACGGAAUCAAAACAAAUGUUACAUAGAUAUAAUUUACUUGUCGUACAAUUGUAACUGCAGAGUUUGUCGUGAAUGUUCGUUAAAGGGUUUUUAUAACUGAAAAAAAAAACAAAUUCUAAAUCUCAUAAAAAAAAAACAAUUAGAACACCGAAACAAGAAUAUCAUUGCAACCGCUAUCAUAGUAAUAAGCAAUUUUAAUCAGCAAUUUCUUCGAACGUUACUAUACAAUAACCAUUUUAAUCAAAGCAUUAUUACCCUACUGUUAACAGAAUACACUACCCUAAUACAUAGGUGAAUAGUAAUAAAUCAGCUUUAAAAAGCGCACGAAAAAAGAGCAGAGUGAGGGGGCAAGCACCGUUGCCACAGAGUGAAAAUACUCUAGUUGAACUAAGCAAACGACAUGUGAUCUAGUGAUAAAAUGCGCAGGUGGAGGAAAGACAAACGAAACUAGUGCCAAUAUUUGGACAAUGAACACCCCGGAAACGGAAACACGGAAUGGAAUUGCUACAGUGAGGUGCAAUAUAUGCGUAGGACAAAGAAAUGGCAGUGAUCGUUUCGAUUUUGCUUUUAAUUGUAUUUGGAACGUCUGGUAGCGCCGCAAGUAAUCAUUUAACUAAUAUCUGCAUUACUAAUAAAGCUAGAGAAAAGUCCAAAA